AUGGCUCCUCUACAUUUAGUAGACCUAACGGUCGCUGAUGGGUGUGCCAUUCUGGUUUCACUUGCGAUACUUUACGCCAUUGGAACGGUUGUUUAUAACUUAUUCCUUCAUCCUAUGGCGUCGAUUCCAGGCCCGAAACUAUAUGCCGUCUCGCAAAUUCCUUUUCUAUGGGGAUCCUACUGGGGGACAUGGCCAUUCACUUUGAAGACUCUUCAUGACAAGUACGGGCCUGUAGUCCGGACAUCGCCCAGAGAUGUCUCAUUCAAUACCCCCUCGGUGUGGAAAGAGAUCUACGGCUCUAAAAGCCGUAAUGGCCAGUUUAAAAGAGACGAUUCGUUCCGUGUUGCAAGCAAGCGUGGUUUUGGCAUAGCCGAUGAAGAUGUUACGGAGCACACUCGGCAUCGCCGCAUGCUUUCGCAUGCGUUUUCAGAAAAGGCAUUGCGAGGCCAGGAAGGCAUCAUGCAGCGCCUUGUAGACCUCCUGAUAUCUGGACUGAAACUACAUAUCAAAGAACAUGGAUCGGAGCCGGUAAACAUGACAAAACGAUAUAACUGGACCACCUUUGACAUUAUUGGAGACUUGGCUUUUGGCCAGACAUUCGGGUGCCUUGAGACCAGGAAGCCUCACUACGUGAUCGCCAUGGUUAAUGAUUUCUUUUUCCAUCUCAUUCGCACUCAGCCUUUUAAACGCCUCCCACUUCUUGGCAUCUUUCAACGCUUCUUUGUGCGCUCCGAUGCGCUGGAAACUGUUCUACAGUUUGAAAAGUUUGCCUUCGAAACGAUAAAGCAAAGAGUUGAAAAGGGGGACCCUGACAAGAGAGAUUUUAUGUCGUAUAUUUUGUCUCAUAAUGAUAGAGGCGAUUUCACCGACGCUGAACUGACGUCCAACGCCUCAACCCUCCUACUUGCCGGAAGUGAAACUACUGCGACUGCACUGAGCGGUGCCACCUUUUAUCUCCUCAGGAACCCCUCAAUUUACCAACGCCUAGUUCAAGAGGUCCGAUCGAGUUUCAAAGAAGAAAAAGAUAUUACGAUAAGUGAACUGGAUAAUUUGCCAUAUCUGAUUGCUGUCCUUACUGAAACAUUGCGAACAUACCCUCCUGUGCCUGCCAUAAUGGCUCGCACUAUUCCUAAAGGGGGGAAAUCUGUAUGCGGUUACUGGAUACCAGAAAACACCGUUGUUUCCAUUUCUCAGCUGGCUGCAUAUCACUCAGAACGUAACUUUCUACGUGCCGAGGAGUUUAUCCCCGAACGCUGGCUUAAUGAUCCCCGAUUUAAGGAUGACUCCAGGGAGAUAUUCCAGCCAUUCUCAAUUGGUCCUCGAAAUUGCAUAGGCCAGGGGAUGGCAAAGGGUGAAAUGCGACUAGUCUUUGCGCGAAUUCUGUGGAAUUUUGAUCUGGAACUUUCAUCGGAGUCCACAAAUUGGACCAGGAACCAAAGUAUAUACGGCCUAUGGAGGAAAGAACCUCUUAUGGUGAAGCUCAAACCAGUGGUACGAAGUUAA